AUGGCGCGUCUACGAGGCUCAGGAAAGGUCAAGCCGGUCCGUCGCAGGAAGAAGAGAUUUUUGUUGCCUCUGCCAGGGGAUGUGGGUCGCCCAGACGCUAGAGACCAGCCUAUGGAGCUUGACGCCAAUGAGAGACCGCAAGAGGCCCUCGAGGAUGCCCAGCAAGGCGACCGUGCGCUCGAAAAGGAGGAUCCGCUGGCCCAAAUUGUCGCGCACUUGCGCACAGCUCGUGCUGGACAGCGACAAGGUAAGAGGUGUUGCCGGGUCGGGCAUUAGUGUAUUCCUUUGACCUGAGGCCUCGCGCCUGCAUCUUUUCGAAGCGCUCGUCAUCCAGCCUCACAGGACAUUUGUCGUUGGUCGACAUUUUCAGUGGUACGUUGGCGUCUAUCGCCCCGCAAAGAAGCCUGGCAGAAGGCGGCUCAUGAACGCAGCGCAUACCCACAGUGACUAUGUUGUGCCCGCGCCUAGCGUUUCAGCUCGAGUGAGUCACGCUGAUUGACGAAAUUAUGCGCAUACAUGCGAGCAUUGAGAAGCCAGGCAAGUGCUGAAUCGCUAAUAUCCGGGCUCCUUGACGGCGAGAAGCACUUCAAGCUCAUCGCUCACGUGUAGGUGAUGAUUGGCUACCAAGCAAGGCCAGCCGAGCAAUUUGCCCACUAUAUGACUGAAUCCAACAUGUAGGACGGAUGCCGAAGAUGCGUUCGUUUCAUUGCAUGUAAGUGUUUGGCGUCGACACGGUGGCGUCUUGCCGUGCCUAAACGUGAUGCGAUCCCAAAGGAUCUGUCCCGCAACGGGGUAUACUGCAACGGCAAACGAGUCUCCAUGUCGUGCCCGCUCAUCCUCUGUGACGGAGAUACGAUCUCGAUCCCUCAUGCUCAAAGUGCGUUAAAGAGGGACGAGACGCGCUGGAGGAUCCAUUCGCUGAUGUAUGUCCUCCUUCUGCAGACUUUGUGUACAAGCACGCGAAAAAGAACCAAGAAGCAGAGGUUUGUUAAGUCACAGCUUCUGAAGUUGUAAGGAUGCUGAGACGAGCGUCAAUGUGCCUGCCAGACCAUUGUUGGAGACUAUCGCAUCCUUCCACGAGUGCUUGGAACGUCAGUGCUGGUGGUCCUUUUGCGCACAGGGUCACGCCCCUGACUCACGCGCUCUUCUGCGAGCAGAGGCUCCUUUGCCACCGUGCGCCUGGCCAUCCAAAUCGACACGGGCGCUCAAGCAGCGUGUAAGCAACAAGAUCGACGUUGGAUCGAAGAGGAGGAGAAUGCUGCUACUGCAAGGCGCGAGAUUCAGGUGCGUCGUGACUAGGCUCCUGGCGUGUAGACAGAAGCUCACGCCGCCUGGUGGACGCUAGCUCCUGCAACGCUUGUCCCACGUACGUAGAUGCCAACGAAAUGCUCUGGGUGCGUGUUCGGCUGCCCAUAAUGUUCAUUCGCUACCGCAAUGGCCUCCCUGCAGCCUAACAUCAACGGGCUGCUGGCACUUGAGAAGGACCGUCGAUACCAGUAUUGCUUUGUAUCUUGGUCAGUCGUGAGCGAAUGCCUUGCGCCAAAUUCAUGCGCUGACAUGCGACUCGUCCUAAAGUGCUACUGGUGGAGAUCUGUUCGGGUACAUCCUCGCUCAUGGGCAGAUCCAAGAAGCAGAGGCGAAAUUCAUCUUCUUCCAGCUCCAAAGUGCUCUAACAGUGAGCAGUAGUCUUCAACGUAUGGUUGCAUUCGCACAGCAGAGGGAUCUCACUCACUCACUACUUGCAGUACGUGCACGAGCACGGAGUUGCGCAUCGUGGUGAGCGGCGCAGCCAUCACAGGCGCAGGAUAGAAGCGCGCUGACGAUGUGGGAGUGCACGUCUGCAGAUAUCAAAGUACGUGAAGCACGAGUGCCACUUCAGUGCGACCCCGUGCUUAGUGUUUUCUCUCAGGGAGAAAACGUACUUCUCAUCACCGCCGGCAAGUUUCCCCACGUCCAGCUCGCAGACUUUGGAUUGGCUUCCGAGAGGACUUUGGAAAAUGCAAUCGUUGGUUUGCCGCUAGGCAAGCACAAUGCUCGAAGCCAUUGCGGCACUGUCUCCUAUCUUCCACCUGAGGUGCUUAAAACUCGUGUCGUUUUGGAGGCUUACGAAGCUACGAGCGUAAGUCAGCAGCGGUCACUCUCGUUGCGCCAAGCCACGAAGGCUGAAUUUCCACACCUUUCCAUCCACGCUCCCUCAAAGGUCGAUGUAUGGGCGCUUGGACUAGUUCUUUACGUCAGUGCGAAUAACGAACGGCAAAUGGCAAAUACAGCCUUCUUCUUGCUGAACUCAUGCGCUCGCUGUCUGCAGGUGAUGCUCUCUGGAAGGCACCCUUUCGAUAGCGCUCUCUUAGAUGCUAUGGACGACUGCACGUAUGAUGUGCAGCUGGAACUACUAGAGCGAGGCCACGUCACCGAGGAGUACCUUGUGGAUCGGGGCCUUCUAGUGAUGAAGCCUGCACCACCUUCUAGCGGCGAUCAGGCAGCUCAGGAUACACUUGUGGAACGGCGGGCUCUCAUCCGUGCCAUCUUCUCGGGCAUAGACGUAUCGAGUCCUGACCUAAAAGGUACGAGUGACGCAGGUGAGUAGAAAGUGCAGCCACUUUGAAAGAGCAGGCUGACCGGACCCCGUCAACAGUACGAAACUUGCUAGGUCAGCUCGUCCAGGUGCGCGUGAGCAAGCGUUUGACGGCACGGCAGGCCGGAAAAUCCGCUUGGAUCCAGUCUUCCUUGCCACAGCUCAAAGCGAUGUACGGCGAGCGCGUUCUCGGGCGCUUCAGCUGA